AUGCAUCUGUUGGCUCCUGACAAUUUUUUGAAACUUGCUGCAGCUCUCAAAAUCAUCCUCAGAUGUUCCUUCAGAGAUGCUGAUAUUCCACACGCCAAGGAAUUGCUCUGUGACUACCUUAUGGAAUAUCUCGAGCUUUACCCUGAUGAUGUAAAGCCCACGCAUCAUUGGGUAACCUAUAUUUUCGAUCAACUACAAGACUACAGACCUGUGUACAACUUUUGGAUGUUUCUCUUCGAGCGCUUGAACAAAGUCCUCAAGAGUUACUUGAUGAAUAAUCACAGCAAUGGCGAGAUUGAAGUUACAUCCAUGUGUGCAUUCCAGAAGUAUGUUGCAUUGUGUGAUAUGCUUGCAAAUCUAAAUGCUGCAUCUGACAUGCAAGAAUCAUCGACCGAGGAUGAGCUGCUGUCAGAAGCUGUCAGAAUUAUCUUGGCCACUGAUGGCGACACACGCGGAUGGUAG